AUGUCGGAAGAUGAACAGUUUGCCUUGGCUUUAAAAAUGAGUGAGCAAGAAGCCAGACAGUUAAAUUCACAAGAGGAGGAAGAGGAAGAACUUUUGAGAAAAGCCAUUGCUGAGAGCCUAAGUAGCUGCCAGCCUUCUGAGUUUUCUGCUGCUGCAGCGCCUUUGCCUCUCCUUUCCCAGGCAUCAGUGUCUCCAGUGCAAACCCCCCCAUCUGGAGCAGAGGAUUCUCGGCUCCUUGAAGUUCCGCCACCUUGCUCUGAGUCUCCUUGCUCCAAGUGCAGCUCCCUCUUUCCAAGUGACAAAGCUGAUGAGAACAGGCAGACAGAUGUCACCAAGAGUCCCCUGGUAGUACUGACGAGGUUAAGCCAGGACAUAGUUGAAAACUCGCUAGUCUCUAGCAUAAUUGUAUCUUCAGGGGACAGCCAGCCUUUUGGAAGGUCAGGCCCUUCCUCACCGGCUGGGACCUGCUCCAGUGAUGCAUCACAUAGUGCAGAAGAGGAGUUACCUAUUAUCCAAAGUCCCACCUUUCCCCAAAGACCUCGGAGGUCUUGGCAGCUGGCACCCCGGAGGCUCUUUCUGGAAAAGAACAGCCUUCUAACACCAGCAGAUAAAGAAAUAAAACAUUCCCCAAAUUACUUAAAAGAAAACCUUCAUGUUGAUUGCCCAGGAGCCCUACAGAAGGACGUCCAGCAGCAGAGUCCUUCUGAUCAUGACGGAAGUCCUUCUGAGUUCGGAGAUCAGGCUGAGCACGGCAAAAAUACACGUGGGUCUGCUGAGCUUGUAGAAAGGACUGGCCUGCCAGAAAGCGCCCUGCCCACUUGCACACUUCCUUGGACUGACGAGAAAUGCCAACGUGAAGAACCGGAUGCGGUGCACUAUUAUUGGGGCGUUCCGUUCUGCCCCAAAGGAAUAGAUCCUAACAGAUACACUCGAGUCAUCAUGUGCCAGCUUGAGGUGUACCAGAAAAGCCUGAAACAGGCUCAGCGGCAGCUCCUGCUGAAGAAGCCAUUUGGGCAACCGAUUGUUCCUAAUUCAUGUUCCCUGAGACAAAGUAAACUUGCAAAAAAGGAGGAAACAUCACGACAAAGAGAAGAUACUGAUGAUCAAGAAGGGGAAGACCUGGAUGAGAAAAAGGAACCCGAUAACGUGGCCUGGCUCCUUUCCCGAGUAAAUGGAGAGUUUUACAAACAUCCAGCGCAGGAUGUAGCAGAGGGAAGAAACUCUGAGUGUGGAGAUGAACCAGCGAGCAGCUCUCUUCAGGCUUCCCAAGUGCUGUUUGCAGAAGAUAUGCUUGAAGAAAGGGAGCCUGUGCAGAUUACACAAAGCAUUUCUGCCUUGACUCCCUUGGACAAUACGAAGAACCCAGACAUUGCCACAGAGGAUCACGCUGAGGAGGAAAUCACUGUGUGCCCUGAAACCCAGCAGAGUCCAUCACAAGCGGUUGAGCCUGAGAGUGGAGAAAUCCAUUCAUCCAGCAAAGAUGUCUUUCCGCAG